CAGAGGGAGGAAGAAGCGGCGGCGGCGUCUCUUCGGUGCAGAGGGGGAAACUCCGCGGGCUCGUAGAAAGAAUAAUGCGGUAGCAAGGCAGGCUGCUUGCUUUGGGGUUUGGCAGCAGCGGCGGCAGCUCGAGCAGCGGCAGCGGCAUCACCCCAGACGCUGACAGCACCGCCGGCCGGCUCCCUCGCUGAUUGCCGACUGUCAAUGGAGCUGGAAAACAUCGUGGCCAACACGGUCUUGCUGAAAGCCCGGGAAGGUGGUGGAGGAAAGCGCAAAGGGAAAAGCAAGAAGUGGAAGGAAAUCCUGAAGUUUCCUCACAUCAGCCAGUGUGAAGAUCUCCGAAGGACCAUAGACAGAGAUUACUACAGUCUAUGUGACAAGCAACCAAUUGGGAGACUGCUUUUUCGACAGUUCUGUGAAACCAGGCCUGGGCUGGAGUGCUACAUUCAGUUCUUAGACUUAGUGGCAGAAUACGAAAUUACUCCAGAUGAAAACCUUGGAGCAAAGGGGAAGGAAAUAAUGACCAAGUACCUCACUCCAAAGUCCCCAGUCUUCAUUGCCCAAGUUGGACAGGACCUGGUCUCCCAGACAGAGAAGACGCUUCUGCAGAGCCCCUGCAAAGAACUCUUCUCUGCUUGUACUCAGUCUGUCCAUGACUACUUGAAGGGAGACCCCUUCCACGAGUACCUGGAUAGCAUGUAUUUUGACCGUUUUCUGCAGUGGAAAUGGUUAGAAAGACAACCAGUGACCAAAAACACUUUCCGGCAGUACCGAGUGCUUGGCAAAGGGGGUUUUGGAGAGGUCUGUGCCUGCCAGGUUCGGGCCACAGGUAAAAUGUAUGCUUGCAAACGCUUAGAGAAGAAGAGAAUCAAAAAGAGGAAAGGAGAAUCCAUGGCACUCAAUGAAAAGCAGAUUCUUGAGAAGGUCAACAGCCAGUUUGUGGUCAACCUGGCCUAUGCCUAUGAGACCAAAGAUGCACUAUGCCUGGUUCUGACCAUUAUGAAUGGUGGUGACCUGAAGUUUCACAUCUACAACAUGGGGAAUCCUGGCUUUGAGGAAGAGCGAGCCUUGUUUUAUGCAGCUGAGAUCCUCUGUGGCCUAGAAGACUUACACCGUGAAAACACUGUCUAUAGAGAUCUAAAACCCGAAAACAUCUUGCUGGAUGAUUAUGGCCACAUCAGGAUCUCAGACCUGGGACUGGCCGUGAAGAUCCCUGAGGGAGACCUUAUCCGUGGCCGGGUAGGCACUGUUGGCUACAUGGCCCCAGAAGUUCUGAACAAUCAGAGAUAUGGCCUGAGCCCUGACUACUGGGGCCUGGGCUGCCUCAUCUAUGAGAUGAUUGAGGGCCAGUCACCAUUUCGAGGCCGCAAGGAGAAGGUUAAACGGGAAGAGGUGGAUCGCCGCGUGCUAGAGACUGAGGAGGUGUAUUCCUCCAAGUUCUCUGAAGAGGCCAAGUCCAUUUGCAACAUGCUGCUCACCAAAGACUCGAAGCAGAGGCUGGGCUGCCAGGAGGAGGGGGCUGCCGAGGUCAAGAGGCACCCCUUCUUCAGGAACAUGAACUUUAAGCGCCUGGAGGCUGGGAUGUUGGACCCUCCCUUCGUUCCAGAUCCCCGGGCUGUGUACUGCAAGGAUGUGCUGGACAUCGAGCAGUUCUCCACUGUGAAAGGUGUCAACCUGGACCAUACGGACGAUGACUUCUACUCAAAGUUCUCCACAGGCUCUGUGCCAAUCCCAUGGCAAAAUGAGAUGAUAGAAACAGAAUGUUUCAAGGAGCUGAAUGUGUUCGGACCUAAUGGUACCCUCUCACCAGACCUGAACAGAAGUCAGCCUCCAGAACCGCCAAAGAAAGGGCUGUUCCACAGACUCUUCAGGCGUCAGCAUCAAAACAAUUCCAAGAGUUCACCUACUCCUAAGACCAGUUGUAACCACCGCAUAAAUUCAAACCACAUCAAUUCAAACUCCACUGGAAGCAGCUAGUUUCAGCUGUGGCCUUGAAGUCAAAAGUGGAACCAGCUCAGAGCCUUCUACUUGGAAGCAGAACUUGUAGCCAGCAGGGCUUCCAUGGUGACUCAGUGACCAGGAAAGCUCCACUGGGAACCAGGAUAGGAUACUGUUCCUCCAAUAGCAAACCUCCAAGUUUCUCAAAGAAAUUUCCACUCAGGUCUGUUUUCCAAGGUGGCCCCAAGCUGGGGUGGACUAGAAUUUUCCUUGUUGAACAUUGCAAUAGAAACCCAAUGGGAUAUAACAGCUUGCACGGAUUUUAAUAGCAUCCUAACUAGAACUGAAAUUUGUCUUUAUUAUUUUUAAAGGAAAGUUUUGUAAAUUUCUCUAUUGUCUCUGUUUACAUUUUGUAUAUUUGUAUUUAAAUGAAAGUCAGACUUUGAGGGUGUAUAUUUUCUGUGAAGCCACUGCUAAGCCAUGUGUUUUAAGACAUUUUAGAUGGGGGGGGGGGGUGUUACAAAAAAUGUGACUCUAGACUUCCAGAGCCUCAAAGGAUAAAAUGUUUUUAUUAAAUAUAGAAACUAUUUCACCUUUUACUUUUAAAGACAUGAUUACAUCUACCUACAUCCAUCCCUCUAGCCUUUUUCCUCUCAGUGUAGCUAUCACUCUCAUGUUGACUUCUUAGACCCAGUCUUUUUUGGUUUUUUCGAGACUGGGUUUCUCUGUGUAGCCCUGGCUGACCUGGAACUCACUCUGUAGACCAGGCUGGCCUUGAACUCAGAAAUCCACCUGCCUCUGCCUCCCAGAGUGCUGGGAUUACAGGCGUGCACCACCACCGCCCAGCUCUCAUGUUGACUUCUAACAAGCUGAAUGAAAUGCCAGAAUGCACUUGGGCCAUCUUUCAAUCCAAACACUCUCUGUGAGUUAUAACUUCAUUGGUAAGAGUACUUCUGUGAGCAGGCCUUUGACAUUGCAGCUUCAUUGGCCUCCUUCUGCAGGGCAUCCAGCAUGUAGGGCAAGGAAUCCUAAAUUAUUGGGAUAGAGAUCUUGCCUGCUAAAACCAGUGGUUUUAAGAGGCAAGAGAUCUUUAAGAGAUCUAUUAUAUUUGGGGAUUUCUGUUAUAUAUUCUUUUUAGGUGUUUGUACUGAUGAUAAUGACUGGUCAUAGAAACCCAAGUAUUUUCAAUCAGGGGACUAUGGAGAAGUGUGAAUUAGGAUCCAUCCUGAGUGACUACCUCCAAGUUUGUUUAGGUGGGCCUUGGCUGGUCAGCAAACUGGUCACCAGACCAUGAACCUUCAUGUAACCCCACAUAUUUGUUGCUUCUGUGACAUGAUGGAAGUCAACUCUCCAGGAAAAUAGGAUCCCUGAAAGCAAAUCCAGGCACCAGUGAAGUUUAAGACAAUCUCAUUGUCACUUUCCCAGGAGAGGUGGGCCAGAGCCUGGUUCUAAUUGGGCAUCUUAAAAUCACAGGCAAAAGUCACUCCUCUAAGACUUGAUGGGCUUACCUUUCCAGCCCUGGUGAGUUGUCACCCAGUUGUCACCCAGGGAAUGGUGAGAACCAUUCCCUAGGCCUGUGAGUAUGACCAUUCCAAAUGUGGUUUUUUUGAGGGACUUGACAACUUUGGGUCUUGAGUCUGUCAGGAGGAGAAUCCAAAGCAUAUCAGUCUCAUAUCUUUGAUUCCAAGCUCUCCCAGGGCUCACUGCUAGAAAAGAACCUUUGGGAAUGAUUAUUCUGAAAUCAGUUAACCAUGAGAGAGGAAACAGCCAGGCUCCAUGGUGCAAGAGUAACUUCAAGCCUGGCUCCCAGGCUACUUCUGAACUUUUCUUGGGCUGAACAUGAAGCAAAUGCAAACGACCAUAUCCAGGUUCUACUGGGAAAGCAGGACACUCACUACUUCCAGAUCAUCAAGCCUUUGCUGACACUUAAGGAAAAGAAAAAUUAUCAUCUUCCUGGGAUGGUCAUCAGCCCCAGCCACACACAAUCUUUGCCUCCUUACAAGUUUGUUCCUCUUUCCCCAUCCACAGCUGUUUAACUCUUAGGAGGAACUCUUAGGUAACUCUUAGGAAACAGUUUCUCCUUAGGCCUCAAAAUCAAGGCAAUGUCCAUUUGCAGCAGAGAAUUCCCAGGAAGCUAAAAAGACAAUGCAAGUCUGGCUACCAAGAGUUCCCAUCAUGAGAUCCUGAAAGGCCUGUACACUGAAAUGUACGUGAGUGCCUGUGGGAGGUAAGAAUAGUCAUGUGAUUUAGUUGUUCACUCAUGGCUUCAUAACAAGAGAACAGUGCAUGAAAACUGGCCGUCCUCCCUAAGUCUUCCUUCUGCCUGUGUUUCUAUAGCUGCAUUUUUAGAAGGUUUUUUUUUUUGUUUGUUUGUUUAAUGAAAACAAGCCUCUGCCCUUUCACCUGUCCAGGAGAAGGCUUGUAUGUGUGGAUAGUGAACAGAUAAUACUGUUGUGUAUUUGACCUCUUUUCAAAAGAGCCCUUCUUUAAGUGUGUCAUUUUUCUCACCAAAUUUCCACUGACGGAGUGAGAAGCUUUUUUGUUUUUGCUGUUUGGCAGAUAGGCCUCUGCUAUGAUCAUUCUGACUUACAAUUACCCAUUAAAUCCUUCAGGAGGGCACUCAGAAUAUCAUUCCAGAAUACCAAGAAGGCCUGAUCCCUAACCUUCUAGAAGGAUGGUGUCUAUCCUCUACUUGAGCCUGAACCACAAAGCUCCAUGCUCACCCACUGACUAGGGGCUGAUUCUGGCUGCAGCUUCAGGGCUGGUCUCUAAAAUAUGUUGCUCUCUUGGAAGGUCAGGCAGCACCACAGACACAGGCAGGUAGCUCCAGUAUCACUCAUGCCUCACAGUUACUGACCCAUGUUUCUGAUGAGUCUAUGUGCAUGGGGACAUGUGCAUGGCACAUCUUUGCAUUAGAGGAGCAAGUAAGAUGGAGAACCUGCCUCAAAGCUGAGACCAACCCCUAAGAAAGCCAAGGUCAGAAAGUUUCCAUGGAACUUAGCCCCAAUGAUGAAGUCCAUUAUUUUCUUUUGAACCAUGUGCUCUACUUUCCAUCAAAUUCACUGAGCUACUAACCUCAACAUGGAGCAGACAAUGUAGCCUCCUGUAGCCUAGCAUUCUAAGCCUUGAUAAAGGAAAUGGUGGCAGUUUCUUUGGGUAAAUUAGAGUUCAAAAGAGAAAAAAAGAAAAAAAAAAGAUUCAAACAACACUGGGCACUUCUCAUGUGCUAUUGUGUGCUUGCUUUUCUGUCACCCCUUUCUGAGGGUCUCCCAUCUUCAUAACCCAAUACCUUGAGAUAAGACCUUAUUGCAUCUUAGAUUUUGCUAUGGAAAGACAGUACAAAGCCUCUUCCUCCAGACUACAGUUGGUAUGCCUUGGACCACCUUCUGCACCUAUUUAUAUAACCAAACACCCAGCUAUUGAAGCUGACGGGCAUGUAGGCCAGAUCCUGCAUAGGCACAUGUGGUGACUCCUCUGAAAAUUCUUGAUUUAGGACAAUGAUUUAACAUAUGACAAACUAGCUCAUCCUAGGAAAGAAGUAUCCUUCACCCUAAAAUAAGAUACUGGGCAUUUUUCCAGUUCAGUGACACACCAUCCUAUAAUGGAUCACAAGUAAAUGCCCAUUAGAAAGGCAUUGUGGCUACUGGCAUUGUUAUAAUAAUAACUCAAUUUCCAAAGGUUUCUAUUUUUUCACUGGGAGAUUUUAGCAUUAAUGAAUGAAUGUGGUUCCAUCUUGGAAGUUAUUGUCAAUGAUAACAGCUUCUGUCAUGCUGCUCUGAACUUCUCAUGUUCCAUUCACUAUGUCACAGUGCCACCUUGUCUAGCCACAACCACUGUUAUUUUAUAGAGAAAUAAAUUCCUUAAUGAACAUAA